UGUUUUUACGACAGCGGUUCAUGUAAAUAACAGUAUAGUUGAAAACAUGAUGUAGAAGCGCACGCGUGUCAUAUUUGACUAUAGAGACAUUUUUGAUUUUCCGUUUAAUUGCACCAGCCCCUGUAAACUGUAAUGAGUGGUCACGCCCGGACUCCAAGCUCUAUUCUGUAACUGUCUUGGUCAGGCUCGAGACUCCUGACUGGAUUUCCAGUAAAUCACCGAAAAAACAAACUAAAUUCCCAUUAGGACCAUUUGUUUGGCUGUUAUUGUUACUUGCUACCAAAGACCAUGCCUCAGAGGAGUCUGGUAAAUUGCGAUGUGGAUCAGCCCAAGAUUUCUGCAAGCCGUUCUGACUGUGUGACCGCAGAGGUCACUGCAGGCCACCUGUCCAGCGGGGUGACGCAGGACCUACUCUCAGAGUGCGCUGCUGUGUGGUUCGACUGCAGCGUGUACGAGAGAGCCGAGAGCCAAUACUACACAAGACUGCAGGAGCGUCAGAAUGGAACCGCAUCACCUGCAAGUACCUGGAACUCAGCUUCCCAGAGAAACAAGGGAGCCUGUCACCAUGGGGAUCAGGAGGCCUGCCAUCACAUGGUGCAGACUGUCUGGGUGAACAAGCCUCUCUUUGACCAAGCUGAAAGUCAUUUUGUAGCUCAGCAUCCCAAACAGGGAAAUUCACUGAACACUCCAAGCUUUCUCCAAUUAUUACCUAAUAGCCCAUCCUCCAAUGCAUUAUAUGACGAGGGCUACUUAUCCCAAACCCCAACUCCUCACACCCCUGCAUCCAGACCAAUAAAUGGCCUGCCCUUCUUGCCUGCACUGCUUCAGGGGGUGUGGCUUCAGAAGUCUCUAUAUGACAGAGCAGAAGCAAGUUUUUAUCAGAACCUGUACUGUGAGAAUGAGCUCCACUGCAAGCCCAUUGCUGUCAGUGAACAGCAAGCAGACCUUGAGAACAUGAAGGGCACCCUACCGAAGGAAGCCAAACACGACCAAGCCGAGGAGGAGAAACCUCGUGAUGCCGUCAAGAAAGAGUCUGGCACAUUUUGGUGUCAUUUCCUGCAUGCUGACAGUGAAAGGGUGUGGCUAGACCGCAGUCGUUAUAUGGAGGCGGAGACUCGUUUCUACGAAACUAUUGCAACCAAAACCAGCCAAACUGCUAUAGGCCAUUUUAGCUCAUCACUGAAAAUGCCUGGCGUGGACUUCUUGGCGCACGAGAGGAUCUGGUUUGACAAACCUCGGUACGACGAGGCUGAGCGAAGGUUCUACGAGAGGAAGAAUGGCCCCGCACCCCCAGCACAGGACUCCGGAGCAAAUAGUAUUCUCCAGGAUAUCGCCAGGGCACGAGAGAACAUCCAGAAGUCCCUCGCUGGGUUGAAGACAACCUUAAGGCCAACUAGAAGCUCUGCCCAUAAACCCCAAAACCCCUCCCACAGCGCCACUACUGCAGGAAGCAGUAGUGCUGAACAGGGAGAACUCCUCACACGGAUGAAGAAUCUGGAAUUGGAGAACCAGAGUCUACACAAAGUGGUGGAGGAAUUGCGUUCUGCUCUUUCAAAACUGGAGAGUCGAGUGUAUAUCCUGGAAAAGCGGCCAGUGACCCCUGCACCAGCAGUUAAUGGAACUGCUCCUAACAAAACCCCUCCAGCACAUCCAGCAAAAAAUGAAGAUGAAGAUCAGGAGGAGGAUGACUUUGACUUGUUUGGCAGUGAUGACGAGGUGGAUGAGGAGGCUGAGCGGAUCAAAGAGCAGCGGCUGCAGGAAUACGCCGCCAAAAAGGCCAAGAAACCUGCCCUCAUCGCCAAAUCCUCCAUCCUAUUGGACGUCAAGCCUUGGGACGACGAGACCGAUAUGGCGAAACUGGAGGAGUGUGUGCGCUCAGUAAAAGUUGAUGGGUUGCUGUGGGGAGCCUCCAAACUGGUCCCCGUUGGUUACGGUAUUAAAAAGCUGCAGAUCAACUGCGUGGUUGAGGACGACAAGGUCGGAACAGACCUGCUGGAAGAAGAAAUUACCAAAUUUGAGGAUUACGUCCAGAGUGUAGACGUAGCAGCUUUCAACAAGAUUUAAAGCGCUCUCACAUACUGGUACUCUUUCACACAUGCACUUCUGCUACUGACAAAAUGACGGUUGACAAUAAAGAGUUCUGACUGCA